AUGGAAAUUGAGAAAGAAAUUAUUAAACUGUCAUCUUGCUAGAAAUUCUUGCUUAUUUAAAGUUUUAGAACAUUGAUCAAUAUAAUUGAUUUGGAGCAUUUUAAACAGAAACAAAUCAAUUUUAGAGAUGCUGAAAUUUCAUUUAUUGAUUACUUUGAGAAUGAAUUAUUAGUAGGAGACAAAUAAGGAAAAUUGUAUUACAAAAAUGAAUCAUUCUAAGUACAUUCUAGCUAAUUUUUAAAUGGAAUAGUUAAAGAUGGAAUGUUAUUAUCUUUAGGUUCAGAUGGUUUAAUAAAGUAAACUAAUAUCAAAACAUUUUAAUGUUUAUACUCUAGAUAAUUAUCAAAUCACAUAAAGGAAGGCACUUUAUUUCUUUUAAGUUCUCAUGUUUUAGUACAAUUUGGCUAAAAGAUAGUUUUAAUCAAUUUAGAAAAUGAUGUAAAAAAAAUAAUAAUAAUUUAAGGUUAUAGAAACAAAAUAUAAAAUUAAUCAAUAAGGACCUUUGAUAGUCAAAUUAAAUAAUUUAUCAAGAGACUAUUUCUCUGUCUUAGGCAAAGAGGGUUUAUUGAAGAUAUUCAAAUUAGGUGAAAAUUCAGAAGCAAUAUUAACUAUUGAGAUUGGAAUUUAUGAAAAUUAUGAAUUAUUUUAUAUGGCAAAGAAGACAACACUACUAUUGUGGAAUUAAGAUAGUAUCAUAGGGUAUGUUUUUGAAAAAGAAUUAAAUAAAUAAUAUGAAAUAAAGAUAAAUAAUUUAUAAUCUGUUAUGUAAGGAGAAAGAUUACUAAUUGUAUAUGAUAAUAUAAGUAAUCCUAAAUUAAAGUAGAUUAAUAAUAUUGAAAGUUAAAAAUUCAAAUCUUUAUACUAAUAAGAAUAAUUAUUAAGAUUCAAUGAAUUGUAAUAAUCAAAGUAAUUUGAACAAUAGUAAAAUAAGUUACAAUCAAAUCCUAUUCCUAUUGCUUUUUAUGAUUUCGCUUAUUUUAAUAACAAAACCUCUCAAAUUAAAGAUGAUAAAAAUGAGCCAAAAAAGAUUAUAAGCGAAUAAAAUAUGAUUAAUGUGCUUAAAUAAUCAUUAAUUGCAAAGGAUAAGACUUAUUUAGAAUAUGCUUUAGAGAGAACUCUUUAAAGUGGUAUUGCUGAAUCUGUGAAUAAUUUAUAACUUGAACAAUUAUAAGAGCUAUAGCAUUUCAUUGUAGAUAAAUUAAUAAGUUAUCCUGAAUAAACAAAGAAGUAUAUAGAAUGGAUAAAAGCUAUAGUAAAGAGAGGAGUAGGAGAUUUUUCUAAAUUGUAUUAUCUUUUGGAAGAGAGAACAAAAUCUAUUAAUAAAUUAGAAGCUAUCUGUUCAAAGAUACAAUUUAAUAAAUUGACAUAAAAACCAAAAUAAGAUAAAGAUUAUAGAAAACAAUAACAUACUAUUUAUGAAGAAUAAUAGAAUGAUGUUGUAAUUAUUUAAGGAAAUCUUUAAUAAAAACAGAUGAUUGAAAAUAACUAGGUUGAAGAUUAGACAGGUUAAAUUGAAGAUGAUUUUGAUUAAGCUUAUAUUAAAGUAAAUAAUAAAUGUUAUAUAUUUAAUAGCAUAAAUAAGAGCUAAGACAAAAGGCUUAUGAAGAUAUUGAGGAGGAAGCAUAUGAUAAUGGUGAUUUAAAAUUUUGA